CUUCGUAGGUUCGCGCGGAAAGUUCAUGCUUGUCGCUGAGUUGUCCUGUUAUUUAGAAAUGUGGCAACUUUUGAUAUAAAGUUAUAAUUUCUUUAAAAUAUUUAUGUAGACUGUUUAACAGUCAGGGGUCUGUGUGGAAAAGAGUCUCAAAGCUGCUGUAUUCGAAUGAAAUUGUCACUUUCUCUCUCAUCCGGUGUAAAAUAUGAGUCCACAGAAGCGCACAGUGGAGUCAGGAGCUUUAGAAGUGCGGUUUGUUGGGGAUAAAGAUGUCCUGGAUCACAUUGUGGAGAAACAUGAAGGGUCAAAGGCCCCACCGAGUUCAGUCCAAACUCUUGCAAGCCUGAAGAGCCCUAGAAAGCCAUCAGCAGGCCCUGUGGAAGAAGAAGAGGAUGAAGAGGGUGUUUUUAAUGAGCAAAACUAUGUAGAGGCACUUGGCACACAAGAUGGAGAUGAGGAUGGAUCAGCAACUGCAGGAGCUUCGGUGUUCACUUUCCAGUCUAUUAAACGGUCCAAUAAAAUGGCACAAGUGGCGUCAGAAUGGGCGCGUACUCCUGGAAAAAGUGUCAAAUUUAGCACUCCUGAUAGUCCAGAGGAGCCACCUAGCCCUGCCCGUGCAUCCUCUAAGAAGUCGGUGACGCAAAACAAAACUCCUCAAAAGGGGAAGAAAGUACAGUUUGUUUCCACGACUCCACACAGACUGAGAAAGAGAAUAUCAGCUCCUAAUCUAAAGUCAGACAGUGACAGUGAUUUCUCCCCCUCAAACUCUGAGGAAGAGGACGAUGAUCAUGAAGAUGAGGAGGAAAAAGGAGAAAAGAAUGAAGCUCAGCCCAAAACACCCAGUAAGACGUCUACAGUUGCUGCUGCGCUUUACAAGACGCCUGCCAAGAAAAGCAAGAAAGCACCCGAGCCCAGCCUGGUGGAGGAAUACUUUGAAGCUCACAGCAGCUCGAAGGUGCUCACGUCAGACCGAACCCUGCAAAAGCUCCAGACCCCAAAACUGGAUCGGGAAACUCUGCUGCGGUUGCUGGAUGGAAAGCCCUCCUGUUAUACACACGAAAUCACUCAACUGAAUAAGAAACACGAGAAGAAUUUUAGCAAAUGGAUGCUGCAGUUACAGAUGGGAUUCAACAUACUGCUGUAUGGCCUGGGUUCAAAAAAGCUUCUAAUGGAGAAGUUCCGCACUACCAUGCUGUCUGACUCCAUGCAUCUGGUGGUCAACGGCUUCUUCCCAAGCAUCACCCUCAAAUCGAUUUUAAACUCCAUCACUGGUGAGAUGCUGGAGCAUGAUGGGAGUUUUCGGACCCCAACGGACCAAAUAGACUUCAUUAUGAAAACCCUUAAAAAAGACCCGGAUAACCACAUCUACCUGAUCAUCCACAACAUUGAUGGCCCCAUGCUGCGUGGUGAAAAGAACCAGCAGGCCUUGGGACAGCUGGCAUCCAUUCCCAACAUGCACCUGCUUGCCUCCAUAGAUCACAUCAACGCCCCACUCGUAUGGGACCACUCAAAGAUGUGUGUGUUUAACUGGCUGUGGUACGAGACGACUACCUUCCUUCCGUACACAGAAGAGACAUCAUACGAGAACUCUCUCCUGGUGCAGCAGACAGGAGCGCUGGCCCUUAGCUCGCUUACACACGUCCUGCGCAGUCUCACACCAAAUGCUAGAGGAAUAUUCAGAUUACUGGCUGAAUUCCAGCUGGAGAACAAAGACAAUACUUCAUACUCGGGUUUGUCUUUUCAAGAUUUUUACCAGCGUUGUCGUGAGGCCUUCCUGGUAAACAGUGACAUCACACUGAGAACUCAGCUGACAGAGUUCAGGGAUCACAAGCUGAUCAGAACCAAGAAGGGAGCUGAUGGAAUAGAGUACCUUCUGAUCCCUGUGGAUGCAGGAACUUUAACUGACUUUCUGGAGAAGGAGGAUGUCGAGUAAACAGGGCAGGAAAAAAAAAAAAAGAUUACUGACUGACUGAAUGCCUGUCUGUGGGCAGCGUUUAUUCACCUGUUCUGGUUACUGUGGAUAGGCAGCAGUAAGCUGGCAAAGACUGCCAUAUGGCAUGCAGAGACUCAGAUGGACAGAACCAGAUGUCAUGCACUGCUGAAGUCCAACUGAAACAAGCCAACUCUGAAAAGUAUUUCAAGCACUGAAAUAGAAUCAGACAAUUUUUUGUAAACCUUUAUUAUGUAUAGAUAUGUAAUAAAUAUGAUGCAUUGCAGUUUAUUUACAUAUAAAAAUAUGAUCAGCAACUAUA